AUGAGGGUUGCUAGGGCGGACAACAGUCAACAGGGUAAGAAAGGAGCAGGGAGAUCGAGGAGGAAUCGAGGAGUGGGUGGAGUGUCAAAGGGUUUUGCACUGAAGCGUGGGAUGGGUGGGAGAAAGGGAGGAGCACGGGGGAGGAAGAGUAGUCGGAGCAAGGGGGCUUGUGGUCGGCUGGAUGGUGAAGAGGAGGCGGAAAGGUUGAGGGUGAGGGGGCAGAGGGAGGAGGGAGAGGAAGGAGGGGAGGGAGGGGAGAGAGGGAGACAUUUAGAAGAGGAGGAUAGCGAUGUGGUUCUGGUGGAGGGACCUGGGGAGGGGAGGCUGGGCGAGGAGGAGAAAGAGGGGUGCGCUGGUGUGGGGAGUGGUGCUGCGGGUGUGGGGGGCGAUGAGGGGAAUAGGACCUUGGACGCGUCUCAGAAAUCCGUUGGUGUGGGGAGUGAUGAGGGAAGUAAACGUUUGGACGCGUCUCAGAAAGGUGUUGGUGUGGGGAGUGAAGAGGGGAGUAAGGACUGGAAGGAGAGGAAUUUUUUUGCUAUCGAGCCAAGGAGUGGGGAAGUGGGGAGCGGAGAGGGGGAGGAAGGAGAAGGAGAGGAGGUUGAGGAGAUUAUAAUGGAGGAGAGGGAGGAAGACGAGGAGACUGAGGAGGGGGAAGAGGAGGGAGACGAUGAGGGAAAGGAUGAGGAGGAAAAGGAAGAAGACGAGGAGGAGGAUGAGGAGGAGGAGGAGGAGGAGGAGGAGGAGGAGGAGGAGGAGGAGGAGGAGGAGGAGGAGGAGGGGGAGGAGGAAGAGGAGGAGGAAGAAGAGGAGGAAGAGGAAGCAGACGGGGGCAAGGAAGGAGAUGAUACCAAAGGAGCAAAUGAUGAGGAUGGAAGAGGUAUCGAGUGGUAUGGGGGGGAUGAGGGGAGCCCGGAUGAGCACAGAGUUUUGACAGACGAGAGGGGUGGCAGGGGUGGGGAGAAGGACCACCAUAUAGGGCGCCUGCACUCCUGUGCAGCAUGCAUGCACGGCUGGGGUAAGGGGAACGAUAAUGGACUCGUGCACUCCUGCACCGCCUUUGUGCACGCUGUGCCGUAUGUCAGCCUGCUGCUGCCGCAUGUCACCUUCACUCUGCAUGGGCUGUGCGGUCCAGAUGAGCAAGGGGAAAAAGGAGAUCUAGAGGAGCAAGAGCCAGAUGUUGAAAGUGUGGUUCUCACUGUAGCAGCUUCAAUGGCAGCAGCAGCAGAAGAAGCAGCAGCACCAUUAGAAGCAGCAGCAUCAUCAACGGCAACUGCUUUAACUACCACCCUCUCUCCAGCUCUCUCCUUCCCUCUCCCGGCCUUCUACCGGUGGGCAUCAGCGUGUGAGCGGUUGAGUGCAGCAGCAGUGGGGGCCACGGAGGCCUGUGGGGCGGACAGCUGGCUCAUGUCACACCUGCUGCUGCAAUCAGUUCAUUUCUCGUGUACCGGAGAGGUGGCACAUGGAGAGAUGGUGGCAGGGGCUGCAUCAAUAUACAUGCAGUAUGCAAGGGCACAGGACGACCUGAGAAAGGCCCUCGAAGCUUGCCGGUUGCAGGCGUCUAGGCGCAGGGGCGCACCUGCCAGCCCUGCUGGGAUACAGGACUUGAGCUUCCUGCUUGACAAGCCCCUCCUCGUCUUAGCCCCUCCUCGCUUCCCUCCCCGCCUUCCCCCUUCGUCUUUCCUCCUCGCCUUUUCCCUGCGCGACCUUCCCCCUCCUCGCUUUCCUCGCUUCUCCCCCUCCUCGCUUUCCUCGCCUUUCCCCCUCCUCGCCUUUCCCCCUCUUCGCUUUUCCCCCUCCUCGCCUCUCCCUCUUCUCGCCUUUCCGUACCUUCCCCCCUUCCCUCAAAUACCCUUAACCGCCUCCUCCCCCUCUCUUGCACCCCAUUCCCCCACUUUCAUUCCCGCUCCGUGUAGGUCUCUGUUUCCUCUUCAGCGCAGCCUUGGGCCGAGCCUAACCGCACACGGAGUGGGCUUUGUGGGAGUUUCUUCUCCUGCCUUCAAGAAACGAGAGGGCAAGGAGAUGACAGAGGAGAAAGCAGAACAGGAAAGGAGGAGUGGAGAACCGUUAGAAACGAGAGAGGAGGGAGAGGGGUUAGGGGAAGUAGGGAAGGGAGAAGGGAUUGGGGAAGGCGAAGGGGAAGGGGAGCGAGGGGAGGCGAAGGAGGGAGGGGAGAUUGACCAGGGAAAGGGGAGAAAGCGGAGGAGGAUCAUUCGCUUGAGUGAAGGAAAUGAAGAGGAGAACGAAGGGGGGGAUACAAACGAUGACGAAGAGGAGGGGUGGGGAGAAGAGGAGGAGGGGUGGGGAGAAGAGGAGGAGGGACGUCAUCGCAGGGAAUGCUUUGAAGCCAUUAAGAAGUGCCUGGAAGCUUGUGACGGGGCAGAGGGGACGAAGGGGGCGGAGGGGGCGGAGGGGGCGGAAGAGGCGGAUGAUGCAGAAGGGACGAAGGGGCUGGAGGGACAAGGUGGCAGCAGCCUGAGCAGCAUGGAUGACGAGCAGCCGCAAGAGACAAGCAAGCUUAUAGUCUUUAACCUGUUUGCCCUUGAAGCAUGGCACAUAGCGGAACAUUUCGAAGUCAAGUGCAUGGCUGCUGCGCCCUACGUCAUGCCUUACAGGCCUCCCCACCAGUUCCCUUCGCUCUUUGCUCGCAGCCACCCGUCCCUUUUCCGCCGGUUGCAACGAGCAGUUAGCCCACACGAGCUAUCAUGGGCGGAGGUGUCAGAAUGGAUGUGGCCGCUGCUCUUCCCCUGCCACCGGUGGGCACGGUGGAGGGAAGCUUCUCUGUGCCUUCCUCCCUGCGCUCUCCUGGAUCCGGUAACAGAUGAGCCGACCCACGAAUGGCCUGCGCCCACACCCUUGCUCUGCUCUACCAGUACUUCCACCCUCCUCGCGUGCUGGGCGUACCGCGUAGCCAGAACAAUGUGUUCUAUGUGGGCUUCAGUUCCAUGGGCAGCUGAAGCCCUCAACCUGCGAGCCGUGGUCGUGACAAGUGGCGACAGCGCAUUGGAGGAGGCAGUCGCUGCAGUGUGCAGGGACGAAAAGCAGCACGUGCAGGAGCAAGAGGAGGAGUGCUGGCGAAAAAGAGCAGCAGAUUUGGUUGCAAGGGGCAGAGGCGAAAUGCUGUCAGUGGAUGAGAAACGGUGGCUGUUGUCCCAGCGACCAUCCCAACCAACACCACCCCAAUUGUCAACCUCACCGCUCUUGCCUCUCGGCCUUCCCAGGAUGUUUGCGGGUGGGAUGGUCCUUGCCCUUCGGGGCCCUGUCUCUCACGAGUGGCUCUUCCCCCGCUGCUGCUUUGUGCUGCACCAUGCCGGCAGCGGCACCACAGCAGCAGCACUGCGAGCAGGCGUGCCCCAGCUCCUCUGCCCCUUCAUUCUCGACCAGCACUACUGGGCUCACCGCCUCUGCUACCUUGGGGUCGUCCCCCCUCCUCUCCGCCCGUCUGACCUCAUGCCUGUAGAGUCGGCGCACCAUUCACCAGUAGCAACCGUCGUGAGUCGCUUCGCUGCUGCAUUGGGUGUGGGCAUGAGGGAGCGCGCACAGGAGCUAUCACGAGAGAUACAGACAGAG